AUGUCAGGCCUCUGCCGCAGGCUGCUUUGGGCCACCGCCUGCCUGGCUGCGCUCUGCAUCCUGUGCGUGGACUCCAACAGUACCUUGGCCCUGGCCCUGGCCCUGACCCUGAGCAGGACUAACACCUCGACUGUAAUGCCCACCAUGAUAGUGCUGACAUCCAGUACGCCUGCCCCAUCGACCAGCACUCCAGCACUAGAAACGUGUGAGCGUGGCAGCUGUGCCUCCUGUUCUAAUACUGGUAUUGGUGAUGUUACCUGUGUUUGGUUAGAAUGCAAAGAAAAGAGCUACUGUUCACAUAAUUCAUCAGCGGGGUGCAAAGUGGUGAACAGCACUACUACUGCUACUGCUCCAGUGCCAACCGCUUCUACAGCUAAAACCACAACCCGGCCUGCAACUUCUACCACAGCUACUACCUCAGGUGCAACAAAUACCACUUUUACCCUAACCUUAUCACCUGGGCGGAAGUCCACCUUUGAUACAGCCAGUUUUAUUGGAGGAAUUGUCUUUGUCUUGGGUGUGCAGGUUGUAAUUUUCUUUCUCUAUAAAUUCUGCAAAUCUAAAGAACGAAAUUGCCACACUUUGUAAACAGACCCAUUGAAUUCACAAGGACUGGCGAUUCAUUUGAGUAACUCACUGAAACCAAAAUACUCUUUCUGAAGAAGUCCCACGUGGAAGACACUAUUCCAGGAUCUUUACAUUUCCAUGGGAUGCAUACAGAAUGUGCAGGAACAUCAUUCUGGAAAAAAAAUAGGUUAAACCAUUUUGCUCAACAGGAAUAUUUACAAUAUUCUGCAUAAAUCCUUGUGGCUGUCACCUUUUAUUUUAAAUGGCUGCUGCUGUGGGUUAUGUUUCUUUUCUUAACAUGCCAAAUGUAACUUUCUGUAAGUGAUGGAAAAUGUU